UGUUAGGAGCAUAUCUCAUAAUAGGGGAUUCUCCUCUAUACCUGAUGGUUCUAUAUUUUUCGAAAGUUCCUCUUGAUUUUUCAACUUGUGUGUGUACCGUAGACGACGGUAUUGCGUGUGGGACGAUUAACUUUCAAAGAUACUGGUCAGCAUUUCAUGUCAAGGAUCACUUUGGAACGAAAGCAUCCAUAAUUGAUCGAUUGAUUAAUUGAUUAAACAUGACUGAUGUUUAGCUAAGCUGUUUGCCAAGGAAUCGAUCGCGAAAGGAGAAACGUACAUCUGGUGUUAUGAAUACCUUGCCAUUUCCGUUUGGGUUUAGGUUUAUAUCUAGCUCGAACGCGCGCCCGCAUCGAAUCUAAGAUAUUCGUGUUACAUUAUUCAUGAUCGUGUCUAACAGUUUGACAUUUUCAUCCAACAGGUGCAAAAGAUUAAACAGGAAGGAAAUAUUUUUUGAGCAGUGUAUUCAGUUAACUAAAAAUAAACAAUGUCCCAAAGAAAGUAUACCAAUACAGCAGGGAGAUUGGAAAGGAAACGUUUGAAGGAGCUUACGUCCUCUUCCAGUCUCUCCGGUAUGUCGCAAUUAUCCAACAGCAGUGAGGAAACAUUGGAGGCCUUUAUACAUAAACCCCUCAAAUCUGAUAAUUUGGAAAAUACGAACGCAAGAAAUACGCAAAACAACGAUUGGCUGUCGAACGGACCAAAUGGAAGCAAGGCACCAUUUCUACGCUUUAAGUGUUCCGCUUUAGCCAUGCCACCAGAAAAUCCACCUGCCAAGCAGCUUCACAUGACUUACAAGAUCUUCCAAACGGAUGCUAAACUUAUCAAUCUUCUGUUGCAGUCACACGGCUUAGUAGAGGUAUCUGCGAACGAUACGGAUUUUAAUAUAUUAUGGAUGGGAAGUCAUCCAAAGCCAGAUAUCUUGCGAAAUUUGAUGCCUUACCAAAAAGUGAACCAUUUCCCCAGGUCUUACGAGAUCACUCGUAAGGACCGUCUUUAUAAAAACAUCGAAGCUAUGCAGAGGAGUAAGGGCCUUCGAAAUCUCGACUUUAUACCUCAGACCUUUCUGCUGCCCGCGGAAGCUAGAGAAUUGAUCUCGGCGCAUUUUAGAUACAGAGGACCGUGGAUUGUCAAGCCUAAAGCCAGUUCACGAGGUCGCGGCAUUUACAUCGUUAACAAUCCCGAGAAGAUAUUGACAGAUGAAUCGGUUAUCGUGGCACAAUAUAUAAAUAAUCCGCUUUUAAUCGACGGACACAAGUGUGAUUUGCGUCUCUACGUAGCUGUGACGAAUUAUGAUCCUCUGCUAAUUUAUCUGUACGAGGAGGGUUUAGUGAGAUUCGCAGCCGUUAAGUACGACGGCGGGAACCAAUAUAUCUGGAAUCCUUGCAUGCACCUUUGCAACUACAGUAUAAACAAAUUCCACGUGGAUUACGUAAAGAGCGAAGAUCCCGAUGCCGAGGACGUGGGACACAAGUGGACAUUAUCGGCGCUGCUUAGACACCUGCGCUCGAUGGGGCAAGAUACGGAGUUGCUAAUGCAACGAAUAGAAGACAUCAUCAUAAAAUCGGUCCUUGCCACUGCGUCUGGAAUUGUUAGCGGAUUAAAGCAAUUCGUCAAGCAUCCUGAAACAUGUUUCGAACUAUUUGGCUUUGAUAUACUGAUCGACGACACGCUGAAACCGUGGCUGCUGGAAGUAAAUUUAACUCCGUCAUUGGGCUGCGAUUCACCGCUAGAUGUUAGACUCAAGUCGGCCUUAAUAGCAGAUUUAUUUACUCUCGUCGGCGUACCCGCUGUCGAUCCAAUCCUGCGCUCUCAAAAUUCAAAUCGUGUUGCUGUUAACUCUAACAAGAAGAUAGCUAGUUAUAGAAGAGUACAGUCAGCGGAAAUAUUACCUCAGGGAAGAAAGAAUGCUGAUAGAAGUAAUAAAAAUGAAACAGUUUUAACUUCGGAGCAGCAACGAAUAGUGGCAUCUGCGAAAGCACAGUUCGAGAGAAGAGGUGGAUUCGUCAGGAUAUUUCCCAGUCCAAAAUCUUGGGAACUCUAUUCGCAAUAUCUCGAUCCGGUUACAGGUGCACCGAUAAUGUCAGAUCCACUUGGUCCGAGAAGAUUACUGCAACAUAUUAAUGCGAAUCAUAAUUUGAUGCUACACGAACAAUUGUUUCCCGCAGCCAGUCGCGUUACUGGUUACAUCAUUCCAGAAGUAACAUUAGACAGAUUAUCUAGAUACGAGAGAUACGAAAGAGCUUUAGUGAAAGGCCACAAGCAGAGCCUAGACAGAGGAAGUAAUAAGGAGAAUUUAGAUGUAGACAUGCACAAAUACAAAAGUCAAGUAAUACAAUCGAUGCAAGACGGUAACAAGCUCAGUCCUGGUGAAGCAAGAAAAGCCUUUGGUUUAUAUCUAGGUUACAUAUUGCGGAAAAUAUCUCAGCCUAAUGCAGAUUCGACGUGUUGCGAUCUCGUAAUGAAGUUUCUUCAACAUUCGUCCUGUAGUUUGAGAACGCCGUUUCUAUUUACGAUACCAUGCAGCAAAUUAAGCGACAAGGAUCGUGCUGCCAUUACUGCAAAACAACUCUCCGAUUUUCUGCAUCUGUAUAACAGAGAAACGGAUCUUUACGAAGACACAGUAGAUCGGCCUCGUACAGUUCCUAAUAAACUCUUUCAGAAGUUCUUGCUUGCAGCGAGCGAACAAGAUCUCGACGAUGUGCUUAUUCUGCAAACUCGCCUUUACAAGUGCGCUCACAGUUUCUUGGGCAGAAGCGGUUUUGCUGGCAACUUACGUGGUGCUAAUCUUCUCGGCUCUCUACCGCAUAUUACGUCGCGAGUGUAUUCCAACGCCAGUACAACGGAGCAGUGCAGAUGUAGUAAUUCAAUUAAUAGAUUGCGUCUUAGGAGGAUUAGAAAGAAAUAGGUACGAAUAGAUUGAAUGUGACGAAAGCACUGAGCGUUCCUUUCUAUACGUGUCGCUGUGUUUUCUCUCUUUCUCUACCCGGUUUUAUCAGUUAUUGCAUGUUGAAGUAAUGAAAGCAGCAGGAGAGUGCAGAAGCCUUUAGAUAGGAAUGCUCGACGUACUCUGAGUGCAAGCGCACUAUACACUACUACUAUUAAUACACUUUAUGUACACACACAUAUAAAUAUCUUGACACAUAAA